AUGGCUCAGUUCUGGGCUUACCAGGUCGUAUUCAGUAUCGGUGACGGCCUUUUCCUCUGUGGUGGACGCCUGAUGGUGCCCGCUUCUCUGCGGAAGCACGUCCCUUCCCUCAUUUACGACGGGCACCUCGGAGUGAACCGCUACCGCGCCAUCGCCAGGGGAGCUGUCUGGUGGCCGACCAUGGGAAGCCAGAUCAAGACCAUGGUGGAGAACUGUCCCAACUGUGCCACCAAGCGGGUACAGCGAGCAGAGCCACUGCUGCCUACGGUGACGCCUAGCCGUCCCUGGGAGCGAGUUGGGGUGGACAUCUUUCAUCACGAAGGAGCCGACUAUCUUCUCCUCGUAGAUUACUACUCGAGGUACACAGAAGUACUGUCCCUUCGCUCGACGACGUCCACAGCGAUGAUCUCCAUCAUCAAAAGUGUCUUCGCAAGGCAUGGGAUCUCAGAGACCCGUAUCAGCGAUAUUGGGCCUUAA